UUGUCGAAGCAAAAGGAAAUCUCGCUACCUCCCUGGCACAUGAGCGGAUAUCUCUGGAAAUAUUAUUUUGAAGAUGAUGUCGAUGGCUUCCGGCACCUGCUGGAAUCCGCGACCCAUGCUUCACGUACGGGCGCGCCGAAAGGCUUUGCUGGCCGUCAGGGUGGAUAUCAUGGCAAUGCGCUGAACAGCAGCCCUGGCAGUUAUGGGGCGUCACCCGUCCAAAGCGCAAAAGGGCGCAAAAUCAUGGGCGCAAACAACCUCAUACUGACCCGCGCGGACCUCAACAGCCGCGAUGGAACCGGCAUGACUCUUUUGCACCACGCUGCAUCCUCUACAUCCGUGAAUGCGCUUGAUUUCGCACAGGCCUUGUUGGAACAGCCAUUGGUCGAUGUCUAUAUCCAAGACACGGAAAAUGGUUGGACUCCACUCCAUCGAGCCUUCUACUUUGGGAACAUCGCGAUUGCCCGUCUCAUCCUCAAUCGCGAUGUCCGCGAUAUACUUGGUCAUGGCUCGAGUGGUUUCAACUCCCAUGCGCGUGGUCUGGUCAAAAUCAAGGAUAAGGAAGGAUAUGGUCCCUUGGACUUGUUUUCUUUGACCAUCAAGGAUCGAACUCUACGCCCGGAAACGACUCUGCCUCGUGAUGAAGAGGACGAGGAAGAGAUGGCCCAUGGUGAUAGCGGAGAUCGAGAUGACGAAAUGCAGAGGCACAUGAUAGCUCCUCCUAUUCUUCUUGGUGGAGAUGAAGUCUAUACCUUCGGCAGCAACAAAAACGUGACGCUCGGAUUUGGUGAUCAAGAUGACCGUCAAUAUCCCGAGCGUAUCGUUCUUCGUCGUCCGGAUCAUCUGUUGCAGAUGUUCUACCGAGAGCAUUGUGAGAAAGAAAAUCAGGGCAGAGCAGCAAUGGGCUUGCCACUGCGAGACUCAAGAUCUAUGUUGCCCAAAGCCAUUGCCGAUUUGCCUACUCACAUCCGGAAUACUCCGCUAUUGAUCCAGGAUGUACAAAUGUCCAAACUACAUACCGCCGUUCUCACUACAGACCCAGUGGCUAAUCUUUACGUCUGUGGUCACGGACCAGGAGGUCGACUUGGGACGGGUAAUGAAAUGACAAGAUAUCAGUUUGCCUGCAUAGAAAGCGGUGGUUUGGGUCAAAAGAAGAUUGCUGCUAUUGCCCUCGGCCACAACCACACCUUGGCAAUUUCGCUGGAGGGUGAAAUCUUCUCUUGGGGCAACAACAUCUUUGGUCAGUUGGGCUAUUCUCUUCCCAAACCCAGCAUCAAAGAUGAUGACCCAAUCUCGACCAUCCCUCGCCAGGUGUUUGGGCCAUUGAAACGAGAAACUAUCACCGGAAUUGCUGCUUCCCGCAUUCAUUCAGUUGCUCACACAACCACCUCGUUGUACACAUUCGGAAAGAACGAAGGCCAAUUGGGCAUCGUGGACUCUGACGCACGAUCGCUCGAUAUGCAAAUCACGCCCCGUAAAAUUGCGGCAUCUUUGUUUGCAUCCCCUAUUCAUUCGGUAUCUGCCAUAGAUGGCGCUACAAUAUGUCUAUUGGAAAAUCGAGAGGUCUGGGUGUUUGCUAAUUAUGGGUAUGCGAAAUUGGCGUUUCCACUCGAAGGCUUCACGAGUAGUUUUCUCAAGGAGAGCUGGCUCACUACCCGAUAUGAUACUACACCAAACAAGAUCCAGAAGAUAACCUCCGGUGGUGAUACCAUCUGUGCCAUGUCUACUUCUGGGGAAGUUUUUACUGUCGCAGUCAGCCGUCGCUUAGACGAUGCGGGUACUUCUACCACAAAUCCCAAGCAAAUUCGUGGGGCUCUCUCAAUGCCUUACAGAAUAUGGUCUGCGAAACAAGGCCAUAUGGCUGCCCGGGAUGUUGGCGUAGACCAGGAUGGUUCCAUAAUACUCACUACUGAAGCCGGCAGCGUGUGGAGACGCACAAAAAGAGCUACCAUCCAGAAUGCGGCGUUGACUGGCACAGCGGAGCACAAACCAAAGGACUACAAGUUUCAGCGAAUUCCAGGCUUGACCCGAGUCGUGGGUGUGAGAGCUUCUGCUUUUGGUGCAUAUGCCGCCAUACGUAAGGAUUGUGACGUGACUAAGAAUCAGAUUGGAGUGGACGAACCAACACUCUGGAAGGAUGUCGGUCCGCUUUUGUCAUUUCACGCUUUGUCGAUAUACGAGGAAAGAUCGGAUGACGAAGAUCCAAGUCCAAGAUUCUGGCAGCGUCCCUCCGCUGAACAAUCUCUUCGUAAGCGAGUAUUGCGAUCACCCGAUCUAGAGAAAGAGGUGAUGAAGAUAUUGCAACGGGAGUCAGUGAAUUCGGAAAACACUUAUGACAUUCAACUUGGCACGACUAUUUCAGAUGUUCGCAUCCCAGUCCACGAAUUCGUCAUGUCCGGGCGGAGUCACAUCUUUCGAGAAGCAAUGGGGGAGUUCAGGCUAAACGGCUCCGAAGAAUUCGAGUUGAACGAUCUACUGAAAAUUACGAAAGAGGGCAGAACAGUUACAGUACUGUUCCAAGGUCUUGAUUUCCUGACAAUAUUUGAUCUGAUCCUCUAUGUGUACACGGACUCGCUGGUCGACUUUUGGAACGUCACCCGUCAUUACCCCACGAUGGCUUAUAGGUAUCGUACAGUACGAACUGAGCUCAUGAAAGUUGCGACUAGGUUAGACAUGCGUCAACUCGAACCCGCUGUCCGUCAAAUGGUUAACCCCAGGAAGACUAUGAAUCUGGAUUUGGAGUUGGCUGUCAAGGAGCAGUCGUACUUUGCCAGCGGCGACAUGAUAGUCGAGCUUUCGGAUGGCGAAAUGUCACUUCACGCAGAUCUUGCGUGUCAGCGUUGUCCAUUCUUCGAGGGCUUAUUCCGAGGUCGUGCGGGAGGUCAGUGGCUUGCAGGGCGACGCACUGAGGAAUCGCAAUCUGUCAGAGUCGACUUGACGCAUAUUGAAACGCACCUGUUCGAGCUUGUUGUCCGCCACCUCUAUACUGAUGCUGGAGAAGAGCUCUUUGACGAUGUCAUCAGCGAAGAUCUGAAUGAUUUGCUAGCGCUUGAUGAACUCCUGGAUCACGUCAUGGACGUGAUGUCGGUUGCGAAUGAACUAAUGCUUGAACGAUUAUCUCAAAUUUGCCAGAAACUGAUCGGAAGAUACGUCAAUGCCCGCAAUGUAUGUUCAUUGCUCAAUGCCAUCGCACCUAGCUCGGUAGCAGAGUUCAAGGAUGCUGCACUGGAAUAUGUGUGUCUCAGUCUCGAAGCAGUUAUGCAAAAUGGUUCUCUUGACGAACUGGACGAAGAUCUUCUUAUGGAGUUGAAUGAGGUCGUCCGCGAAAAUCAAUUGGCAUAUCUACCUUUUGCUCGGAGUGGACGCGCAGAGGCUCUACUCUUUGACAAAUAUCCCGAGCUUGCAGAGAAGAUUGAGCGUGGAAAGCGAGCCAAGAUCGAUGCCAUCGUUCUCUCCAAUAAAUUUGCUGAGGGCGAUGGAGCGGGAUGGAAUUCGUUCCGAGCGCAAAGUUUAGAAGAACUGUCCACCUCUCCGCUGAGACAACGCACUCGUAGACGAGCUUCGAGAGAAGGAAAGGUGGAAGCUGACAGUCCAGCUGUGACUCCUUCCCUGAAGGGCAAAGCAUCAGUCACGGAUCUGAUGUUCGAGAUGGACGAUGAAUUCGACAGUGAAUCGAAGACGAAAAUUCGCCAACCGCAAUUCACAGAAAGAUCGACGUCUUCGAGCCAGGAUGUUUCUCAUCUUUUAGGCUCCCCAGAACAAGAAUGGACCGAUAUGAGAAGGAAAAGCAGCGUUUCACCGCACGGGCUCAGUGCCAUGAAGGCCGCCGCUCUCCCCUCCCCUAGUCCAUUAUCGUUGAAACCUGAGAUUGAAAGGGAACCAGGACGACCUUGGGGUGCGUCACCCCUGGCAAACGCGAAGCUAGGUUUGAAAGACAUCAUGGCGCAAACUCCGAGCGAUAAGCCAUCAAAUCUGUCACUGGGGUUGUCUCAACAAGAAAAGGACGAGAAGAUUGCGGGCUCCUUCCACGCGAAGCCAUCUCAGAAGGAACGAAAGCGUCAGCAACAAGCUCAACUGCUAGGACAUCCUGCGGUUAAACCGCAACCUGCACCCCCUGCUGUUUCCCCAUGGCAAGCAACCUCUCAUCGUAGAGCAAGUGCCAGUCCUGCUAUAGAAGCAGACCCCUCGCCAUCGCGAACCCCCAGUACCACUCAACUAACUAUGCGGCAAACAAUCGCAAAUAAAAAAGCUGCUUCCAACAAGAAAGACAAGCAAGACAACUCCCCUCGAGCACAACGGUCCGUAUCCGAGCAAGGCUCCCCAUCUCAAACCCGACCUCAAUCAGAACGUGGCAUGUCUGUCUCGACCACGCCAAUCCCUACACCUCAUUCUGUCCGCCACAUCCCUCUUCCAUCUCAUUCGCCAACAUCCCCUAGCCAACACCUUAGCAUGGAGGAGAUCUUGUCGCUACAGCAAGCUGAGAAGGUUUCCAUCCGAGAUGCGGCUGCGAAACGAAGCCUACAAGAGAUUCAACAAGAACAAGAGUUUCAAGAGUGGUGGGACCAGGAAAGUAAACGAGUCAUCCAAGAGGAAGAGCAGAGGAAACGAGCCGACGAGAGAGCUGUUAAGGCUUCUCGUGGCAGAAGCAAAGGGCGAGGCGGAAAGUCCAAGCCCAAGGCCAAUGAUAAGAAGCAGAGUGAUGCAGAAGGUGCUAUACAAGGGAAAGCCGCCCGUGAAGCUCUUCCUACGGCACCUGCAGAAAAGGACAAAUCUUCCGGUGCACAUCUCAAAAACGAUGAUGCGAAAAGGGGGAGAGGCAAGCACAGAGGAGGGGGCCGUGGUGGCGCCAGAGGUGGGAAAUCAUCUCAACAAGCUCCUCCCACCGCCAGCACACAGACCUAAUUAUUCUGCUUCGUUGCUUCUUCGUUUUAUUUCUCGAUGUACAAACUUAUCUUGGAAAGCUUCUGUGGCUUCGUAGAUUCUGUAUUACAAGCAACCAUUUUUUAGAACCUUGUAGAAAUGUAUUAUUCUCACCUCAUCACCAUUCGUAUUACCGUUGCAGAGACCGC